CCUUUCAGGUUUCUCCUCAUCCUGGAAGGGGUUGGAUGAUGUCCCUGGCUCUCCAGGACGCCCCUCCUUGGCUGUAACUGCAGGAAGGCCUCUUAAACCCCAGCUCUUCUCCCAGCCACUUCUGGAAGCUACUUGAGAAAAAGGAUGAUGUGACAGAUCCUAUCAGAAAGGAUUUUUGGAAAUCUAACACCUUUGAAGAAAGUGGCCCUUUUCCCUUUCUCAAAGUAGACAUUCUCCAGUUCCAAAAUGCCAGCCAAGACCCCAAUUUACCUAAAAGCUGCCAAUAACAAGAAAGGCAAGAAAUUUAAACUGAGGGACAUUUUGUCCCCUGAUAUGAUCAGCCCUCCUCUCGGAGACUUCCGCCACACCAUUCACAUCGGCAAAGAAGGCCAGCACGACGUCUUCGGUGACAUCUCGUUCCUGCAAGGGAACUACGAACUGCUCCCGGGAAACCAGGAGAGAGCGCGCUUGGGCCCAUUCCCAGGGCACAGCGAGUUCCUGCGGGCCAACAGCACCUCCGACUCCAUGUUCACGGACACGCCCUCCCCGGUGCUCAAAAACGCCAUCUCCCUCCCGACCAUCGGAGGGUCCCAGGCGCUCAUGUUGCCCUUGCUGUCGCCGGUGACGUUUCAUUCCAAACAGGAGUCCUUUGGGCCUGCCAAGCUGCCCCGGCUUAGCUGUGAGCCGGUCGUGGAGGAAAAGGCCCAGGAGAAGAGCAGUCUGCUGGGGAACGGGACGGGCCACCAGGGAGACGUCUCGUGGGGCUCCAGCGGCUCAGCAUCGCAGUCUAGCCAGGGCAGGGACAGCCACUCCUCCAGCCUCUCCGAACAGUACCCCGACUGGCCGGCCGAGGACAUGUUUGACCAGCUCGUCAAGGAGAAGACGAAGUCGGAGGAGUCCCUCUCCGACCUCACGGGUUCCCUCCUCUCCCUGCAGCUCGAUCUGGGGCCCUCCUUUUUGGAUGAGGUGCUGAAUGUCAUGGAUAAAAAUAAGUAACGGACACCGCCGACUCUCGGCCUUUGGGGGAAAAGGUAUCAAAAAAUAAAAACUAAACUAAACCACAGUCGAAGAGAAGAGCUUCACUGGCUAUGUGUGCAGUUGUGUGUUUUCUAAGAUAAUGUUCCUACGAAAUAUUUUUUGUACCUGUUAUGCCCUGUUUGCAAAAACAGAAAGGCAAAAAAAAAAAAAACCACAAAAAAAGUCCUGGCAGAAAGGAAGUGAGUCAUUCAGAACCCAUUUUCGGCGGGUAUUGCUGAUGUUCAGCUCACAUUUUUUUGUUUCCAGAAACGUAAGAACUUUGGCUUGGCCAGGAUUGGCACUAGCUACGAAGGGCUGCUCAAGUCACAUUAAAGAACUUGACGAUACUCCAGCAUUUUCUGAGCAAGAAGUCAAAAUUUAUUUAACACCUAAGCCUUUUUUUCUAGACUCUUUUCUAUAUUACAUUAUUUGGGCUCACCAUAGCAAAUUCCUCAGUGUUAAAACUGUUCUCUGUUUUCACAUUUGAACAACUCUAUGGGUUCGGGGGAUUUUCUCGUAGCUCUUAUAUAUCCCUAUCCAUUAUAUCUGUAUCGCGCAAUUUUGACCGUCAGCUACAUGUUGGUAAGACACAAGCAAAGUAUUACUGUAACUAAGUUAUUUUUAAAGUUAAAAUAUAUUUUUAUGUGCCUUUGGCUUUUUAUUGCAGAGUCUACAUUUUAUAGAUACUACAUCAAAUGUUGUCAUUUGACUUGUUUCCAUUGGAGUUCCAUUGUAAGCUGUGUAUGUAUAUGUUUGGAAAAGUGUAUUCAUACUUAGCUUUAUUUCUUUUUCUUCAUCUGUUAGCAUACUUUUCACAGCACCCAACAAUGGAUUGUUAAAUAUAAAGGCACAGGUUACUCAUGAUGCUUCUGCAGAGACUGUGGGCUACACCAUAUAAUGUUAUUUGGAAAUAUAGGUAUUUUAGUACAGUACAUACUUGCAUUACAUAGGUACUUCAUGCGACACAAUAAAGAGUAAAUGUUAAAAUGAAGUUGCUUGUUUAUAGUAAUAAACAGAAGCGUAAGAGAAUAAUAAUAUUUUCCUUAAGUCCAGGGCUAGAAAAAUUGCUUCUCUAAAGUGUAUGUGAGCCUUUAAAAUAAGAGGUGAUUUCCAUCCACUCUGCAAUUUUGAUUUUUGCCCAAAGGUUUGAGAUUCCAGAAAUGGGACCCUUCAGUUUUAGGAAAAAUGAACAUGUGAGAUCAGAA